AACGGCAGCACGCAGUAGAUGGGGAUUUCGAGUCAGGUUUAGGAGCUGUCUAAAUUAAUCUGUAAUUUGCCUGAACUCCUCCCGGUGACUUUUGGGAAGAAUUGACAUAGUUAUGGUAUUCAAUAACAGAGGUCCUAAACACUGCUGUGCUCAGUGUGACUUGAAAGUUCAUGUUUUCAUUUUGUGGUCGGAAGAGUUCCAAACGAGUGAAUCGUUUACGAAUCGCGCAUCAAACACAGCGGCUACCGUCUGCGCUGCUGGAGUCCGACACUGAGCGAAGAGGUGAAAGGCCAGCCGGCCAACCAGCCACGUACAGCUAGCUGUCACUAUGGAUGCCUGUGCCCGUAUUCGAGGAGUCCCAAUCAGGUCCAGGUCCUCAGUGCGGAAAGAGACUGUGCGAGACAGUGGGGCGCAGAAUGUGAAGAGCCUCUUCAGGAAUAAAAAGGAGCUCUGUGGCAUUGGUUUAGAGCUGCCAGCAAGAGACGCCACCAGGCUGACAGAGAUUCACUUUGUGUGUCUGCCUGAUGUAAGUGAAGGAGAAGACGUCACCCAGCAGGCUCUGUCUUCUCUGUCAGGGGGGCUGUGUGAGCUUCUCAGGUCCCUCCACGUCCACAGCAUUAAGAACGAUGAAGUCCUGCUGCUUAAAGACUCUCGCAGACUGCCAGAGCACAAGGAUGCUGGACCUCAGUAUUGGUUAAAGACAGUGUGUGUGCUGAGGAAUAGUUCCAGCACCAACGUUUACCCUCAAGCCAGUGUUCCAACUUUGGUGGGCCUGCUGGGGUGCUACAUGGCAGGUCUCCGCUAUACGCUGGAGCUUCAGGCUCUUCAGAGGGGCGCAGCUGAGCCCAACCAGCCAGACGAAGACGACACCAACCAGUCGGUCUCAUCAAUCGAGGAUGACUUUGUCACAGCCCUAGAACAUCUGGAGGAGGACGACACAGGAGACAAUACCUCUGCAGCUCCAUUUAGUCAUUUUAAAAAGCGUGAUGUGGCUUCACAGACAGUCCCAGCCCACAAGAGAAAAAAGGAAUUAUCAGGCUCCCGCGUUAUCAUAAGCUCGUCUUCGAAGAAGUAUUCAGCCAAACACAGAUCUGGUCCUGACGUAUCUGUCACAGUGCAGAGGUCAUCGGGUGUGGAAUCCCAGUGGACUUACUGCAGUCCUGGAGCUCGUCUCCCCUCACCUUUGAUUCAUGUCAGUGAAUCAGAAGAGUCAGACUGUUCCAGCCCCAGCCCUAUCAUUUUCCUGGAUGAAGUGGGCUACCAGAAGAGCCUGCUGGCCAAACUGGACAUUCCUCAAGUGCCAGGGGGGCCCAGAGAGCGAGUUGAAGACUCAGAUUCUGAAGUUAGUGAGUUUUUUGACAGCUUUGACCAGUUUGAUGACCUGGAUGAGCUCAACUCUGAGAGCUGUACUCUUACUCUGCCUCUGGAUGCGAUUAGUGUCCCAGCAGCACAGAAAGAGGCUGAUGAAUCUGGCAUAAGUACAUCAUCUUUAAAAUAUGUUUCUAGGGGCUGCUCAACCAAGGGAAUGAAUCCUCACCGCUUUGAUCAGCCCACUCUCCCAGCCAAUGUGAAAAAACCCACGCCCCUGAAACCAGGCUCUCCUUACUCAAUUCCCUCUGAGGUGCCGGAUUCUCCUCGGCCUGUACAGACUCCCUCUGAGGAGAACGGUGGUCCCCUCUUCAGUCCUUUGAGCUCCUCUGCCUUCAGUCCCCUGGUGGACUCCAGCGGGCCACUGGAAUACUUCUGGAAUACAGAGGCGGAUGGACAAGAUGACUCUGAGCUUCGUAAACCUCAGGAUCUCUGUUCUUUGUAUAAGACCUACUCAGACUUUGCUAGCAGUCUGUCCAAAGAAAUUCUUGGAUCUGUCUGUGGCUACCAGUCUGCUGUCGACAUCAGUGACAACAAGAAUCUCUCCUGUGUCUGCCACAAGGAAUUUAAGAACCCUUCAGGAUACCUGAUGAAACUCUCAGAAAUACAGGAGACUGUAACGGUGGCCAAGCUGCAGAAGAAAUCCCAGUCUCUGAAAGAUGGUAUUCAGAGGUUUGCCAGUGACCUUGUGGAAAUGAGCUUAGGCAGCGCUUUGCGAGACCUCCAAAAAGGGGUGUCCUCCUGCACCACCACCUUGUGCCACCUAGCUGCUCGACUUACCUCCUCAGUAUUUCAAAUGGCCUUCCAUGAGAUUGGCAUGCGACGUGCAUAUGUACUGAAGGAGCGGGCAAUCAAUGGGCUGGCCACUUUCCUGGUUGGAGAGGCCGUGUCCGCAGCGCUCAAAGAGUUCCUGACUGUGAAGAAGCAGAUUUUCCACAGCACUGUAACACGUUUUGCUGCUGAUCUGGCUGAAGAGCUUGUUUUUGAAGGUAUAAUGGAAGUAUGUCAGUUCUCCCACCCCUCAACGCCUCUCACCCCAAGUGAUUGGUCUUUUGGCCAUGGGCAAGAGGAAGAAGAGGAGGAGGAGGUGGUGGUGUCCUCCUAUGCUUCAGACCUUUCUGAGUCUGUCAUCCAGGAGGCCUUCAUAGAGCUCUCUCAGGCAGAUGUUGCCUUCACAAGCCAAGCAGCUAUAAGUGUGUCUGUGGACAACAUCUGUUAUGUCAGUGCAGAUAACACCUGCACUCAUACCUGCAGCACCUUUGCUAACCAGCAGGUUUUAAGUGCAGCGGUCCCAGCAGAGGAUGCUUCUUGUACUGUGAAGAAAGCCCUGUUCACUGUAUCAGGAAUGGCCAGCUGUAUUCCUGUGCCCCAAGCAGGGCACGCCCUCUCCAACCUCCAGGAUUCCGAGGAGACCACUCAGCAGAGGUCUAGCUUGUCACAUACUCCACCGACCAGCCCCAAAAGAUCAACUGUGUCAUCCUCUGACAAUGCCACGUCUCCACUAACGGCCCUUUACAGUCAUGGAACUCAGACCUCUCUACCAGCAGGAGAGCCCUCCCAAAAACAGUCUUCAUUCCAAAACUUCUCUGGCAACAUGGUGGAUAUGAUAGUAACUGAGGCUUGUGAGCUAAUAACUGCCUCUAAAAUGAAGAAGGGUUUUGGCGACUGUGCUGACUUCCUCACAAAGACAAUCAGAAGCCGCAGGGACUCUUACGAUGCUCUGGAUUCCCCUUCAAAGCAAGGAGUUGUCAGGGAAAGUUUUAGAUAUGACUAUACAGAUUCUGGGCAUGUUAGGCUAGGUGGCCCUAUGGGACAAGAAAAUAAUCCUCCCAUUUCCUUUCAGACAGGCACUCUAAACCAGGGGAGUUACCGAUGUGACCGAGGCCCCAGGACCAGGGGUGUGUCUGAAACACAUCCUGUGAUGAUGAAUACUUUGGAAGUGCCGGGUAAUGAGACGGGUGGACAAAGGAGGAUAUCCACUACUGUGGAUGAUUCAGCUCCAAACUCUGGACAGAAGUCUGCUGCGACUCCUGGUACUCCUCCUUCCACCCCCCAGCAGCCCAGUGAGGUGUCCAAGGAGAGACAGAUAAAGCAGUUCUCCAAAAAGCUGAAAAGCAAGCUGGCUAAAGAAUUUUCCCCUGCAACACCACCUCCAACCCCUCACUAUCAGCCUGAGCUGGGCCCGGGACCAAAAGACACCAUCCCAGAUGAAGACAAGGCAGAGUUUAUGCUCAAACUGAUGAGAUCUCUCUCUGAGGAGGCUGAUGGAAAUGAGGAAGAAGAGGAGGAAGAACCGGCAGAAGAAGGCGGUGUUGGAGUCACUAACACAUGUUCAGAGAGAGGGGGCGGCCGACACACACCCAGCCCGAUGUCCGCUCGCGUAAUGUCCAACAAGGAAGCUCUCCACUAUGCUGAGCGGUUGGCGUGCCACAUAGUCUCGAUGGCAACAGAGAUGGACAUCCUAGGAGGGGCGGAAGAGGAGCAGGGAGAGAUGAACCAGGGCAGUGAGAAGAGGAGAGACAGUGUGGCUCAGUUUUCAGAGCAGACCCUCAACUCAUUGUGGGUGUAUGCAGGAGAAGUGGCGGGAGAGGUAAUUAGUGAUGUGAAGAGGAUGGUGAGCUCUGGACAGCAGUGCCCGUAUCACAGAGCUCUCAGAAGAAGAAGCUGGGACAGAUCUAGCUCCGAAUGUUUGCAUUACCACCACAGACAUCACUCUCAACCCGGUACAGACCAGAGCAGAGACUGGAGGUUAGUAAGGCUGGCUGAGCAGUGGUCCAAUGACCUGAUUGCCUCGGUCUCCCAGUCUUCCACCUCUGCUUCGAGCACUGUGUCUAGCUCCAGCUCUGGUCUAUCCUCUGAGUAUCCCAGCUGUGAGAGCGUGACAGAUGAGUAUGCCGGCUACCUCAUUAGGGUGCUGAAAAAGGAAGGGGGGAGUAGGGAGUUAGUCCUGGACCAGUAUGCAAGCCGUUUGGCUUAUCGUUCUAUCAAACUUGGCUUGGCUCACGCCAGUCGUAAAGUAAAGCAGAGAUCCCCUAGUGCACGUCUUCGCUCCUCUAAGUCUCUGCCAGAUGAAUGGAAAUCGUCUUGUAGUAGUAAAACAUCAUCAGCCAAGGAUCGAACAGAGAUGGAUAGAAACACCCAGUGUUGUUGCAGGGACUCUGAAGAGCAGAGUAAGAGGGAGUACAUGGAUCUAGUCCACUUUGCUGAAUCUUUAGCAUAUAAUAUCACCUGUGAUGUCACACGCAAGCUCCAUCUCUCCUCUGUACGGCUGCCAAAGUCUUUCACUGACUCCUGUCUUUAUAAAAAAUCCAAACUGGAAGACAUGGCAGAGAAUCUCAUCAGGAACUCCUUCUCCUGCCCUCUGUUAUCCAAGGAGGGUAAGAGCAAGCACUACCACAGCACAGGGAGUCUCUACGAUCAAGGUUACAGUAGCAAGGUGAUGCAAGUCAUUGAGCAUUAUGCCAGGAAAAUAGUGGAUGACACGCUGAAGAUAAGCAUGGCUUCAGUUGGCCAUUCAUCACGGGAGCACCAAGACCAUGACAGACACACUCACACACAGAGGUUGUCUGAGGGCCCAGUUCUGGUCCGGGCAAUGGGGGAGAGGGCGUGUUGUUGCUGUCAAGUCCAGGAGUGUCCAUACUGCAGCAAGCACAGCAGGCACCACUACCAACCUGUGCUGCAGAGGAGGAAAAGGGGAGGAGACUGUCAAGCAAGAGUGCUCUCUAGUCUGGAGAUUCCAAAAAUCCACAUCGACCUGGACCACAGGGUGGCAUUUGCAGAGGAGAUGGUGUCCAUGGCAAUGGAUACAGCAAAGCGCGAGCUGAGCAACACCAGCCUUAAUGCUGACAGCGGGAUCGGCCAUGAUGGCACCAGCUACGCCGAGAGCCUCACUGCUGAGAUCAUGACAUCAGCCCUGUCCAACAUAUGCCAGGCUGCCAGUGCUUCGGGUAGGGAAACCACUGAGUCCACUGUGUCCCAGCAGCUGAGUGUUGGAGAUGACAGCCUGGGAAGCUGGUCUAACCUGAGCUUUGAAGAUGAUCACCCAGAUGAUAACAGCAGCUUCCUCCACCUCAGUGACAGCAGUAAUGGGAAUAGCAGUAGCUGGAGCAGUCUGGGCCUGGAGGGGGAGGCGUGUGAAGAGCGCUUGUCAUUCUCCCCCUCUGACAGUGACAAUACAGAGGACAAGGAGGCUGAGGUCAAAGAGGAAUCAAGUGGGACACUCUGUGUGGACAGGACUCAAGUGCAAACUCCCAGGACUGUGCUGGUCAUAGCAAACUCAGAUGUCAGAGAUCCUGGGAGUGGCCCUAAGCACGUCACCCUCGACCCCCAGCUCAGGAGCAUGCUACAGUGGCUGGCAGCCUCCAUGGCCGACAUCCCUCAGAUCCAGCUGAGUCCUGACAGAGAACUGCAGCAGCUCCCAGCGGUGGUCCAGAGGCUUCGAGAGAGGAAGUGGAAGGUGGGUGAGCUGCUGCACAUGCUGCUGCGCUACUGUGAUGUGAGCCACAGUCAGCCCGAGGCCAGAGAAGAGGCACUUGAGGCCAGCAAAGAACCUCACUGCAUCUCCCUCUUCCAGUGGCUUCUGGAGCGCACCUAAGGCCUCUGUUUUUUUUCCCUCCUUGCUCUCCUCUCAUUAUUUCCAAACAGGGCUUUGCAACCUCUAUGAGCCCCUAAAGGUUGCCCCACAAAUCUGAACUCCCUCUCACAAAUGUGGGCAGCACGUGUGUUGCAUUGCGUGUAUGGCAUGCCAUCUUUUCCCGUUUUCUUUUUUUGUUUUUUUUUUCUCCCCAGUUUCUGUUUUGUUGCUGCAGUUUCAUCAGUUAUCAGGCCUGUAUGUGUAACCUGUGUUGAUUUAAUGAGGUGUCUCCUUUGCUCGCCUACACUAUUGAAUCAAAGGCCUCAGACCUUGCUGUGCUUAAGCUACAAGGAGAAGUGGGGGAAGACCCACCCGGUGUGUUUCCAGAGGGAGAUGCAGUGUGUUGGGAGAAAAGACAGACUGGGAAUCCCCACAGCUGCUGGGUGGAUAAUGUCAUCACACCACCUCUCUGGUGGUAUUUCCACAUGUUGAGAGACCAACUGUACACGUGCACAUAUGCACAGACAAACACAUUUUGAUUAUUAGAACCAUUUCAAACUAGAAAAAUUUGCAUUUCCUGCAAAAAUGCUGUGUGGAUGCUGUAACGCUGAAGCUGUCUGCUGAAAAUAGCUGAAAAAGAUGAAAAGUUGCAAAAAUUGUAUGGUGGUGAAGAAACUGAAAUUUUUGCUGAAAAGAGGUGAAAUGUUGCCAUGAGCAGGAUUCGAACCUGGCCCUCCUGGCCUCAAGGCGGCUACUCAUCUCACUGACCCAAACUCCCAAACUCGUUCUUACAAAAAGCAGAAGCAGAAGAUGCUGAGAUUUGUGCUGAUAAGAGGUGAAAAGGCUGAAAAUUCUGCUGAAAAGAGGUGAAUGAGCAGAAUUUCUGCUGAAAAGAGUUUUUUUUCUGAAAACAGCUGAAAAAGCUGGGAUUUGUGCUGAAAAGGGGUGAAGAAGAUAAAAUUUGUGUUGAAAAGAGUUAAAAAUGUUUAACUGUUAACUGAAAGAAUUGUUGCCAUUAGCGAGAUUUGAACCCGGGCCUCCCAGUCUGAGGACUGGGUGGAUGGGAUGCUUUACAGCAUCCACACAAAUACAUGAACACAAUUCCGUUACUGUCUUGAUCCACUAGAGUUGUGCUGCAGUAAGUACAUUUAGCUUUUCUCUAAAUGAUUCACUACGCUGCCAUACAGAGAGGUUGAUAAAACUCUGUUUAAGCCCACCUCUGUAGUUUAAUGAACUGUGCUGUCAUUUUUGCGAUGAUGAUCAUGAGCAAAUUUAUUUGGCCACUGAAUAAAUAAGAGUUUUACCUAAUACUGUAACCCUGCUUCUUCUAGUAGCAAUCUACUUGGUUGUCAUACUUAGUAAAAUAUUAAAGAGGAGAAUGAGACAUAGUGAGGAUUUAUUAAAAAAGAAAAGAAAAAAUAAUCUUUGUAUGUAUGUACAAGGAUUAUUUUUCUAUUUCUUUUUAUAGAUGUAAAUAUAAAUAUGCCUUAUUUUUUUGAAGGUGGAGUAUCUAAUCCAACAUGAAAUGCUGCUUUUACUUGUGGAGGAAAUGGUCACUUUGGCUUACCGCUACUAAGCUGGGUGACUGAUCACCCUCUGCAGUUCAGUAGUUAAUUGCGUACGCCGGUCAGCUGUGUUAGUGGCCCUCGUCCAGUCUUGGGGAAGAUCCAGUGACGCAGAUAGCAGAUCAUUGAGUAAUUAAAGACACCGGCUCUGUCUGCACGUCGUAAAACCGCAGGCUAGCAACAUCUGCGUAGCUCAGGCCUGGACUCACACAUUGCUCCACAGUCACCUCGAGGAGUCGACAAGUAUGAAUACCACAACUUCCGUACAGUAACCUGCCCCCCUACCCCCACCUCAUCAGUGUAACACACACACCCUCAUUACUCACCAGCCCCCACAUGCACAACACUACCAGCUACUUGCUGAGAAGCACUUUUUUUUUUCUUACCCCCCCUCCCCUUUUGGACUUAGCCUGAGGAGAGACUGGGCGUUUCCUAUCCCUCCUCUGUGGACCUAAAAUCAAUCUACAAAUUAAUGGGAUACAUUUGGAUGUUUGUAUUUAUUUAUUGUUGUUGUUGUUUGUUUUUUCUGUUUUUCCCCUAAUGAGGGACUGAAGGAUGACAUGAUGCUGCAAGGUCGUCAAAUUUAAGUUUGAAACACUGUAAUAUACCACAGUCUCACAUGUAUUAUUAUAAAACUACGUGUUGUCGGUGGUGUUCGCCUGCAUGGCUCAAUCUAACUUUUAAAGCUUAACAUUGUUACUCUCCUCCUCCUCCUUGUGCCGGCCUACAGUAAUGUUGCAGCAGUGAUUCAUGUGUGUCCACACUGCCUCACAGUAUGCUAGAGGCCUCUGCAGAUGCCUUGUUUGUUCCUGCUUAAAUCUCUAGGCUGCCCUAUGGUCAUAUAAUCUUAAAGGUGUUUGUUCUGUAUGAAUUGUUUACACAUUACAAUAUUAAUAGAAAAAAAAUACAAUGGAUUUUUUAUAUAUAUAUAUAUAUAUAAAUAAAAUGGGAGCAGAAAUCACACAUUGAAGUAUUAACCUGAGAGGUGAGGGACAGUAUAUAUACUGGUUUACAUUAAAGGAAUGUAUUAAAAGUCACAGACACUUGAGUGCUUCACUGUAUAGAUUCUCUCCUGGUGUGACUGCCUAGUUUGUAGGACUUUCCCAGGUUUUUCCCAGCACCCUGCCCCUCUUCUUCUGUUUUCAUUCUUGAUCUACUUUACAUUCCUGCUCACCCCACAUGACCUACAGUAGCGCUAAUGUUGUCGUAUUUGUGAAAGCUGAAUCUGAACCCGCUAAGACUGCUGUUUAGAAGCAGAUGCCGUAAAAUCUGUUUUUGUUACACUCGUUCCCAUUGUUACUUUCUGCCUCCCUCUUUAACUCCUAUUUUGGGGCGUUUAUACAAGAAAAAAAAACAACAAAAAAGAUUCGAGAGUUGUACCUUACUUCUUCUCACUUGUGUAUUUUCCUGCUUCCUUGUAAGAUCCUGCCAAACAAAGAUAUUUAAUAAAUUAUAAUAAGUUAUAUAACAGUGAGUUCACUACUUGUUCUCCCAGUGGCAUUGCUAAAUAGUUUGCACAUUCUAAGCUUGAAAUCAGAAACUAUACAUUUAUUUGUCAAAGCUUGGUGUGACAAUAAAGCUUUUUCAUGUGCUCUA